AUGUACAAGGAUAUUGAACAUUCUCGAAUCAAAUCCCUUCGCCUACUCCUUCGCACUGUACACAAGAGCUUUGGCGGACAUGGCCCUGCUCAUGCCCUCCAUUUCACAUGUUAUUUCAUGCAAUUUUUGUCGCCUUUGGGUGACAAAGUGGAGAGGAAUGAAUAUCCGACGCUUGCAGGAGAGAUUGUUGCCUGCUGUCCAGAACUUAGGCACCUUGCAGGCCAUCACAACCCCUUGCACUUCACCAGCGACACAUCCCUUCCAGAGUACUCAUAUUUGAAGAUGCUGAAAUCCUUCAAACUGCUUUGGGGCAAGACUAAUGGCGAUCAGCUGGACCAUUGUUUGGUGCCUAGUUUCACCCUUUCGACUCUGUCGAUAGCUCCUACAAGUUUAUCCCUUGGUCAGUGCAAAUGGCUGUUUGGAUCCAGUUUCCAGAGCAUUGAGUCCUUGAAGGUGGAUGAGGUAUCAGGCGCGAGCCUGGGUUACUUGUGCAAGGUCAUUAGAGGUUGUCUGAGGAAUGUCCGCCUCAAACAUCUUGUGUUUUAUGACACAAUGGAUGCACUAUUCUUUUUCGUUUCAUCUACCAUCAUCAUUGGAAACAUUCACAUUCAUGUUCUCGCAGGUGCUCACGCAGAGCGUGCUGAUGCUGCUACUUUCGAAUUGGCAACCGUUCCUAUGCUCGCUGGAUGUGUAUUCAUAUCAGAGAAGUCCAUUGGUUUUCUUGCAGAUGAUCAUGGCAUCCAACCAGUGCCAUGUGGAUGA